AUGAAUCUUAAGAGGAGGAAUCACCCCAAUCUCAGAUGGUCUAACCAGCAACAACAACAACCACCCCCUCUCUUCCAGAACAAUGUUGGUCCCAGUAGAUAUGUGCCUCCCCCUAUCCAACAAAGCAACAAAGAAAGCAUGAUGUUCCUGGAUCUCCACCAGCUCAACCUUCUACUUCUACGCCUUAUUGGAGGAGUUGGUGAGGCAGAUGACCAUUCAGAGCAUGCAAUUUCAACAAGAGACCAGAGCCUCCAUUCAGAGUUUGACAAAUCAGAUGGGUUAGAUGGCCACUCAACUCAAUCAGGCAUAAUCCCAAUAUUCAGACAAGUUUCCUUCACAAAUUGUGCAGAAUCUGAAGAAUGUGAGUGUCAUCACCUUGAGGUUGAGGUACAGGCUGCGGAACCCCUUCCUCUCCCUUCUUUGGUUCCUUCUGAUGUUCAGCCAGCAUCCACACCAGAGUUGAAGCCUCUUCUAGAGAAUCUCAAGUAUGCUUACUUGGAGGAUGAUGAGAUAUUUCCUGUGAUCAUUUCCACCUCCCUUGAUGUUGAUCAAGAGGAGAGGUUGUUGCAUGUGCUCAGGAAGCACAAGAAGGAAAUUGGUUGGACCCUGGCAUACAUUCUCGGUUUCUAUAGGCGCUUCAUUAAGGACUUCAGCAUGAAAGCCCUUCAACUAUCCAACUUGCUGCAGAAGGAUAUUGAGUUUAAUUUUGAUGACAGGUGCAAGGAGGCAUUUGACUGCCUCAAGAGAGCCUUAACCACCACUCCUAUCAUUCAGGCACCAGACUGGAAGGUUCCCUUUGAGUUGAUGUGCGAUGCUUCAAAUUAUGCACUAGGGGAUCUCUUAGCACAGAGGGUUGAUAAAUUACCUAGGGUGAUAUACUACACUUCCAAGACGUGCUGCUCAAGAAAAUUACACGACCACGGAAAAAGAACUUUUAGCUAUUUUUUUGCACUUAAUAAAUUUCGGUCAUAUUUUCUUGGUUCUCGUGUUGUUGGUUUUACAGAUCAUGCAGCUCUAAAGUACCUGUUUAAGAAGGCCGAUUCAAAGCCUAGGCUGAUCAAAUGGAUGCUCUGGCUUCAAGAGUCUGACUUGGACAUCUGUGAUAGGAGUGAAGCACAUAACUUGGUGGCAGACCAUCUCAGUAGGAUUGAGAGAGCUGAGGAUGAAAAGACCUUGCCCAUUCAUGAUGAUUUUCCUGAUGAACAUUUGUUUAGAGUACCUAGAGCUAUUGUUAGUGAUCAAGGCACCCAUUUUUGUAAUAGAUCCAUGCAGGCCUUGCUCAGGAAGUAUGGGGUUGUUCAUAGAAUCUCUACACCCUACCACCCUCAAACUAAUAGGCAAGUUGAGAUUUCAAAUAGGGAGAUCAAGAGAAUCUUGGAGAAGAUUGUGCAACCCAACAGGAAAGAUUGGAGUAGCAGGCUGGAGGAUGCUCUUUGGGCGCAUAGGACUGCUUACAAAGCACCCAUAGGGAUUUUCAGAGGAGAUGUCUCUGCUCGACCCUGCUUCUCUCCCACCAUGACUUAG